AUGUCUGCUGUUCUGCUACUUUGUAAGCUUAUACAAGGACUUCUACUCUAUGCCUCAGUCUUCUCAAACUAUCUGUCAGAAGUUCCGGAUAAUGACGAGAUUUCAGUUAAUGAUGAGAUGAAGAAGCAGGUGAAUAAGAAGAAUAUAAAGACUCAGUCUGAGAAUUCUUAA